UUCAUUCAACCUCCUUCAAGUUACGUAUGACGGGGUGAACUGAGAAUCUAAGUCAGGUCUCGCUAAAACACGAAAAUGAAAGCGCACAGUUUUGUUCUUAUUUUUGCUAUUCUCAACAAUCUAAAUUCUGAAACAGCUUCUGCGAGUGUACAGUUCGAUGCCCAGCCUAACAUCAUACUGCCGUCGCUUUCUAAAUCGCUGCAAAUACGCUGCUCAAUACAAAACGCGUCUUCUUCGUCUACGUCAUACUUGCUGACCACACUAAUGCCACCUACAACCCAGAUGACCGCGGCCAGCACCCAGAUAACCGGACCUGUGCAAGGGCCUGACGUUUCCUAUUUGCUGUCUCUGGUCAUAGUGAAGGUCAACAAAGCAACCGGCGAGAACGAGACUGUGGCGAGCGUUGCUGGGUGCCUGGCUGCUACCACCGAGGACAGUUUUACAGGAAAAGUAAAGGUGGAAGGGAGCGCAGAAGGAUCACCGGUCUCAGGUGAAGUAGGUUACCUGCAAGUAAUCUGGGACAGACCUGGAGAUCAAGCAGGGGGGAGUUACUAUUGCGUGGCCUCGGCUUUAGAUAAAUUUAAACGCUCCGUCUCUGUGGGCUCGUCUUUACAAAUAACAUCCAAAGACGCGGCGAUCUCCGAUCUCGUGACUUACAUCGCUGAACACGACAAAAACAUUUCCGCCCUCAGUACCCAGAUGGUGGUGCUGCAACAGGAAAAGGAAGCUCUGAGAAUCGAGGUUGAGUCGCUGAGGUCCAACUUAACAUCUGAGUUCAAUCAGUUAGAGGCAUGGAUCAACAACAUUCAGGGACACAACGUACAGACUGGCAGCACAGACUGCUCUGGUCACUAUGUCUAUUUCACGCAGUCCUUCAACAGAACCCCAACCGUUUUUGCCACCCCCGGUAGUUUUUACAUCAGCGGGUACUCUUCGUAUUCCUCGGGUUCGUUCCAGAUCUCAACAAGCUACGUGUCACAGCAGAGCUUUUACUUGUCUUGUUCGAUGUCAGGCGCAUUCUCUGGCAGUUCCACCAAUAUCAACUGGCUAGCUAUCGCCUAAUGAACUAUAAUUCAAGUAACUGAAAUUUGGUUAGAAUUACAAGUUCGAAUAGCUAACAUUUUUUUUCUGUACAUAUUUUCAAUACAGAGAUUGUAUAAAUGAAAUAUAAUAUUAAACUAAGUGUUGAAGUUGAAAACUCGUUUUUAAGUAGUUUUAAAGGCCUCGCACAUAUCAAGACUUACUUAGUGCUGGACUAUAAAUUGUUUUGUUAGCUAUAAUAUUUUUAUUUUACAAAUCCUCAUACAUGUAAAUGCAUAGAAAUAAUAAUAAAAUCCAAAAAGACAAACUUCUCUACAUUUGCAUGUCAUAUUAUUAUUCAAUCAUAUACACGCAUUUCUUUCCAAUCAUGGUUAGGAAUAAUUAUACAAAUAAAAAUUAUAAAAACGUAAA